CUGAAUCCAAAAGAAACUUUGCUGCUAUUAGUUUUCACAUAAAACUCAAAAGCAAAAUCACAAGCUAACCUAUGGCUUUAUCAAGGAAGUACUGCAAACUUUAUCUGAAACUUGGACUUACAUUGGUUCUUUUAUUGUCUCUGGCAUUUCAUCCUUCUCAAUCAGUGAGUAUGGCUAGGAAAAUGGUGAUAGGGUCAAGGCCACCUGGUUGCGUAAACAAGUGCAUGGGUUGCCAGCCAUGCAAGGCAACUGUAAUCAUUUCACCAAGCCAGAAGAUCAAGGGCCAUUAUAAUACAGAUCCAUCUAAAAGACAAGCUGAUGAUGAUAUCUAUUAUCUCCUAGCUUGGAAAUGCAGAUGCAGAGAUCAGCUCUUUCAACCUUGAUAUGAUCCUCCACCCCUCCAAGUUCAGUAGUAAAUUUUCCUAUGGAAAAAAUUUAAAUUAGUAGUGUCAACUAUAUAUGCAUCAUCAACAUCAGAAACA